UUAGCAGUUGCACUUGAGCGGGAAGGCAGACUGAGCAGCACCAAGGAGUGGCACGGUACUGGCAGUGAGAGCAGAUAACAUGGAUGCUCUACAAAUCAAAAGAAAUAUUAAAUUAUUUAAAAGCAGGAAAAUAUCCUGAAGGAGCCAAAAAAGUGUUAGACACAAUUCGAUGGCGUGCAGCAAAAUUCACAAUAAAAGAUUAAAGAUCUUUAGAGCAAAUGGCCGACACUACAAGCAGUAUGACAUCUGUCAAAAGAAAACAGAACAUCCUGCCGUUUUACACUACCAUAAGUUCAUAGACCGUCAGCUGUGCACGACCAUGCUUGAGCAUUUUGAAGAUCGACUGGAUCUACUCAGAAAAAGUCAUUUUUAUAUUAAAAUCCAGCCCAAAAAAAUAUCGAUACGUCGGCAAAAUAUCAAAACACUGCUGCUAUUAGACCCUCGGAGACUCGAACAUCUGAAAGAGAUGGGUAGAGACCAGGUCAUGAUAAAGAUGUUUCUCCUGGAGAAUUACUUAGAGGAGAUGAGGAAAAGCUGUUCAGAACUGGUGGACAUGCUGCAGUCAAAUCAAGGAGAGUUCUCUCUGACAAAGCAGGAGACCAUCAAUGAAUCUUUGUCAGGGCUACUCUCCUGCAUAUUUGGUGGGACUGCUCCUUUAUUCAACCCUUUUGGAAGGAUGUUCACCGCAAUAAAAAAAAAAAAAAAAUUGGUUAAUGAUUUUAAGAACAUGUCAGUGCAUGACCAACUGCACUUUAAACAUCAACUGAUAUCACCAACUGAAGUCCGCCACCAUCCCUCCUUAAGGUUGUUCUUAAACUUUAAACAGCCAGUCAUGUUUGAUAGAGUGAAGUCCAGGGCUGCUGAUGACUGGGCAAACCUGAGCUGGCAGGUUUCUGGACGACAACAUCUGACAGAGAGUUUUGACCUGCACUUUCGGCAGAUAAACACACCACCACAUGUAGAAGCGGACAGUGGUUUAAUAAAUGUGGAUGGCAACAAGUUCAAGAUCGAAUUUCUCCUCCCACAAGAGACAUACGAAUUUACGAUCAGGAGGACCAAGGAGAGCCAUACAGUGCAUGAUGAAUGGUGUGAUGUCUUGACGCUGAGGAUAAUGGCAUCCGGGGCUCAGCCUACUGAAAUAGACAACACAAUGUGACUUCACAUAGACUAAUUAAACAACCCUUAACCGUG